AUGAUGGAGAAUCAGCUUUGCCUUCUCACCUUUCUUCUCUGCUUCUUGCCCACAGCACAGAGCUACAUAUGGGCCUGGAUAUAUUCUUUACCUGGCCACAAUGCCAAUGAAGUAGCAUCUCUUAAGGACCCUGGACCUUCACCCAGCCUAGAGCUAAUGACAAAUGCAUGCAGCUCUGAAAUUGCUUGUCCUCCGGAACUCUUCUGUGACCACCACUUUGAGAUCUGCCUGCCACUUAGGCAAGAAGGAGAAUUCUGUCGCCAAGAUGACCAUUGUGCCAAGGAUCUGACUUGUAUGUUUGGGAAAUGCCUCCAGACUGCACCUGGAGGGCACGAAGGCGCCCGCUGUCAUCACGAUGAAGAUUGUGCUCCAGACUUCUGCUGUGCCCGUCUCCAUGGGGAGAUGGUUUGCAAGAAAAAGCUACUUUUAGAUGAGAAGUGCCAUGUCCCUCCAGGAGGAAUUGCAUUCAGCAUAAACCAGGUGUGCCCCUGUUUAGAAGGCCUAGUAUGCAGACGGAUGCAGCCCAAGCGAGAGAUACCGUUUGCACAUGAGAUGAAGAAAGAUGACUGGAGGUGCCAGAAAAAAUAG